ACACGCAAGGCCCCGGCGUCAGCCGGUCGAACAGCUGAUUCGAUUUGGCAUCGAAGCGCUUGCUACUCGCGACCAUUGGACAGAAUGAUUGGAAAAGCGGGGCGUCGUGGACGGCUCAAGUGAUUUGUUGUGUUUUGCGAUUCGGCGAUUCGGCUGAGUGGAAAGUUUUCCACUGUGAAUUGUUAUCAUAUUGUGAAAUUGUGAUCCAGCAUCUGUCGAUAUUUGAUGAAUUCUUGUUCUGUGCUGCUGAAUACAUACGUUGCAUUCCUUCGAGUGAUGAAAUGCUGAUAACUACGAACUGAAUUCCGCGCUUUUUGUUUAUGAGAGCGAGUGCUUGUGAAAUUGGCUGCACAUUUACAUAAUCAUGCAGGCCAGUAAACUUCCGCCCAAUCCCCGCGAGUCGGCAGGUAUCUUAUCCUCGCUUAUGUUCUGGUACGCACACGUUACAUCCUACCGCUAAGAAGUGUUUCCUUUGAGCACAUACAUAGGUACAUAUGUACAUAUGUACUCACCUAUGUGCAUACCUUUCUACUGCCGCUGAGAAGUGACAUCCGAAGACAACCGUUAUCGGAUACUACAUAUUCUUUGCCCUGCCCAUCCUGUUCAAGGGUCGCAAACAGACGCUUCAGCCCACGGAUCUGUACAAAAGACUGGAUGAGCAUGGAGCAGAGAGCCUGGGCGAUGAGUUCUUCCAUGCAUGGGAGGACGAGGUGGCACGGUGUCGGCGAAAGGGUGAUUCCUGCCGUGAACCAAGUGUCCUGCGGGUCAUCGGACGCGUCUUCGGCUGGCGGCUCAUAUUAUCCGGUAUUACAAUCGCCGCCUUAGAACUAGGAACCAGGGCCACAGUGCCGCUUCUUCUGGCCGGACUCAUAUCGGAGUUCAGUGAGCACGGAAAUGGCCAUAGUCACCAUGCCCAGAUCUACGCUGUGCUCCUUAUAGCCUGUAUCUUGGCCAGCGUUCUUCUCACGCACCCAUACAUGAUGGGAAUGAUGCACUUGGCCAUGAAAAUGCGGGUGGCAGUAAGUAGCGCCAUAUACCGAAAGGCCCUGCGCCUCAGUCGCACAUCCCAGGGGGGUACCACAACCGGUCAGGUGGUUAACUUGCUCUCCAACGAUCUGAACCGCUUCGACCGAUGUCUUAUCCAUUUCCAUUUCCUGUGGCUGGGCCCAUUGGAGCUGCUGAUCGCCUCCUACUUCCUGUAUGAACAGAUCGGAAUGGCUUCCUUCUACGGAAUCAGCAUCCUAGUACUCUAUUUACCACUGCAAACCUAUCUAAGUCGAGUAACUUCAAAGCUACGCCUGCAGACGGCCCUACGGACGGAUCAACGAGUGCGCAUGAUGAACGAAAUCAUCUCGGGCAUCCAGGUAAUCAAGAUGUAUACCUGGGAGCGUCCAUUUGGGAAACUGAUAGGCCAGAUGCGGCGCAGCGAGAUGAGCUCCAUUCGCCAGAUGAACCUCUUGCGCGGCAUCCUGCUCUCCUUCGAGAUAACCCUGGGUCGCAUAGCCAUCUUUGUGAGCCUUCUGGGAUUCGUCCUAGGCGGAGGCGAACUGACGGCAGAGCGUGCCUUCUGCGUCACUGCCUUCUACAACAUCCUAAGGCGAACUGUGAGCAAGUUCUUUCCGAGUGGAAUGUCGCAGUUUGCUGAACUUUUGGUCUCAAUGCGUCGCAUAACUGACUUUAUGAUGCGGGAGGAAGCAAAUGUAAUAGAUAUGUCGGAGCGAAAAGACGAAAAAGCAGAAGAGGAGCAACAUUUGCUGAAAGAAGUAGAGAAGAGGUCGUACCCCGUUGGAAUUGGCAAGGAACCAGAUACCUUAGUGGAAAUCAAAGCCCUAAGAGCGCGCUGGAGCCAGGAGCAACUUGAUCCUGUGUUAAACAACGUCAACAUGUCGCUGCGCCGCGGCCAACUGGUAGCUGUGAUUGGACCCGUGGGAUCGGGUAAAUCAAGCCUCAUUCAGGCUAUCCUAGGAGAGCUACCGCCUGAAUCAGGAUCGGUACAAGUCUCCGGCAAGUACUCCUACGCCUCCCAGGAGCCCUGGCUUUUCAAUGCAUCUGUUCGCGACAAUAUUCUCUUUGGCUUGCCCAUGGACAAGCAGCGCUAUCGAACUGUUCUGAAGCGGUGUGCCCUAGAGCGGGACUUGGAGUUGUUGCACGGUGAUCGAACCAUCGUGGGUGAGCGCGGAGCCUCACUGUCCGGUGGACAGCGAGCGAGAAUAUGUUUGGCUAGAGCUGUCUACCGCAGGGCGGAUGUAUACCUUUUGGACGAUCCCCUCAGCGCAGUGGACACGCAUGUGGGUAGGCAUCUGUUCGAUGAAUGCAUGCGCGGCUUCCUGGGCAAACAGCUGGUGAUACUUGUCACCCACCAGUUGCAGUUCCUGGAGGACGCCGAUCUGAUUGUAAUUAUGGACAAGGGCCACGUCUCGGCAUGCGGAACCUACGAGGAGAUGCUGAAGAGCGGACAGGACUUUGCCCAGCUUUUGGUGGAAAGUACUCAGAACAGUGGCGGAGGUGACGAGACCAUAACGUCACCGAACUUUUCCCGCCAGAGUAGCGCUCUAAGCACUAGAAGUUCGAAUGGAAGCUCAUCCUCGUUAGAAUCCAUGGUAGAAAAGGAGAAACCAAAACUAAGUGCGGCACCGGUGCAGGAGUCCCGCAGCGGUGGUCAAAUCGGCUUGUCCAUGUACAAGAAAUACUUUGGCGCAGGCUGUGGCCUCCUGGUUUUCGCGGUGCUGAUAAUGCUGUGUUUUGGCACUCAGCUCCUGGCAUCUGGCGGAGAUUAUUUUCUUUCAUACUGGGUUAAAAACACCGCUUCUUCGUCAACGCUGGAUAUCUACUACUUCACUGCCAUUAAUGUGGGACUGGUUAUUUGUGCUUUGCUCCGAACGCUGCUUUUCUUUAACAUCACCAUGCACUCCUCCACUGAGCUGCACAACACUAUGUUCCAGGGCUUGUCUCGCACGGCUUUGUACUUCUUUCACACCAAUCCCUCCGGCCGGAUCCUCAAUCGAUUCGCCAAUGACCUGGGUCAGGUGGAUGAGGUGAUGCCCGCCGUCAUGUUGGAUUGCAUACAGAUCUUCCUCACCCUGACGGGUAUCAUCUGCGUGCUGUGCGUGACCAACCCGUGGUACUUGAUCAACACAUUUGCAAUGGUGUUAGCAUUUUACUACUGGCGCGAUUUUUACCUGAAGACGUCGAGGGAUGUGAAGCGCCUGGAGGCGGUGGCUCGAUCGCCGAUGUACUCGCACUUCAGUGCCACUCUUGUUGGACUCCCCACUAUCCGGGCGAUGGGCGCCCAGCGCACUCUGACCGGCCAGUACGACAACUACCAGGAUCUGCAUAGUUCCGGCUACUACACUUUUAUUUCUACCAGUCGUGCCUUCGGUUACUACCUGGAUCUUUUCUGUGUGGCAUACGUGAUAUCGGUGAUACUGCACAACUUCUUCAACCCUCCUCUUCACAAUGCUGGCCAAAUAGGCCUGGCAAUUACCCAAGCACUGGGAAUGACGGGAAUGGUGCAGUGGGGCAUGCGUCAAUCCGCGGAGCUGGAGAAUGCAAUGACUUCAGUUGAGCGAGUCCUGGAGUACAAAGAUCUAGAGCCUGAAGGGGAUUUCAACUCGCCUGCGGAUAAGCAACCUCCAAAGAGUUGGCCCAAGGAGGGAAAACUGGUGACCAAGGAUUUGAGCCUGAGAUAUGAGCCCGAUCGCAAUGCGGAUUGCGUGCUGAAGGGGCUGAGCUUUACGAUACAGCCGAUGGAAAAAGUGGGCAUCGUAGGACGCACAGGUGCGGGAAAGUCCUCCCUUAUCAAUGCACUUUUCAGACUAUCCUACAAUGAUGGAGCCAUAAUUAUCGACAAUCUUGACACAAAUGAUAUGGGUCUGCACGAUUUACGUAGCAAGAUCUCCAUUAUUCCACAAGAACCCGUUCUGUUCUCCGGCACAAUGCGAUACAACUUGGAUCCCUUCGAGCAGUAUCCCGAUGAUAAGCUUUGGAAGGCUCUUGAGGACGUUCACCUCAAGGAGGAAAUUUCAGAGUUGCCCACGGGUCUGCAGAGCAUCAUCUCUGAGGGCGGGACCAACUUCAGCGUAGGCCAACGGCAGUUGGUCUGCUUGGCAAGGGCUAUCCUGCGCGAAAAUAGAAUCCUCGUUAUGGACGAGGCUACGGCAAAUGUGGACCCUCAGACGGACGCCCUGAUUCAGGCCACCAUUCGAAACAAAUUCAAGGACUGCACAGUACUUACGAUAGCCCAUCGCCUGAAUACCAUUAUGGACUCCGACAAAGUUUUGGUGAUGGAUGCUGGUCAAGUCGUCGAGUUCGGUUCUCCAUAUGAGUUGUUGACCAAGUCAGAGGUUAAAGUGUUCCAUGGAAUGGUCAUGCAGACAGGAAAGACGAGCUUUGAUCAUCUACUGAAAGUUGCAAAGAAUGCCAAACAAAACCAUAUUUAAAAUCAAUAUCUACCAUAUUAAUGUGUUAGUCUACGUAAUGUUUAUAGGGCUGAAUUGUUAAUGGAUGUGGAAUUUUACGGUCAAUGACUAAUGUUUGUAAAAUACAAAUCGUUUGUAUUUAAAAAAGUAAGAAAAAUGACAAUGUGUUACAUUGGCGGCUACAUUGCCGCUUUUGAAGAUGGAAUAAUUAAUCCCAAUAUAGGUAUCCGUGAAUUUACCAAAAUAAUAGGGUUUUUAUUUUAAACUUUAUCUCUGCUCAUACAAAACUUUAUUGUGUCGUCUUGUUCGAUUAAAAAUAAGUUUAGGCCGACUCCAGCGAACGGAUGAUGUCCGAAUCUCCAGGAUCGGUGAUGGACAGGG